CCCACAAGUUCAGGACGAAAACACCCGCUGUGUGUGUCUGACUGAGCUAAGCGGAAUAAAAGACCUCUCCAUUUCAUUGGACAUGUGGCUGCUGAGGGAAACUCUGAGUGUCCUGUUACUGUGGGCUCUCCUGGAGUCGGCCCAUUCACGGGGCUGCUCGUCCUUUUUCUGUCGGAAGUCUCUUCGUGUCAGCGGCCCCAGUGGAGUGGACCCCGGCUCUCCUCUGUUCGUCACCCCGUACCUGGAGAAGGGCGCCAUAGACGAAGCAAGAAAAUUGAGUUUGGUUGGAGACCUGCCUGGUGCCAACGUGAAGAGCUAUGCCGGGUACUUUACUGUCAACAAAAAAUACAACAGCAAUCUGUUCUUUUGGUUUUUCCCUGCACUGAAGCCAGACCAAGACAAGGCUCCAGUCCUGCUCUGGCUUCAAGGUGGACCUGGUGGGACCUCCAUGUUCGGCCUGUUUGUCGAACAUGGGCCUUAUGUGGUCUUUAAGAACCUGACAGUUGGUUUGAGAGAUUUUGCUUGGACAACCAGAUACUCAGUUUUGUACAUCGACAAUCCAGUUGGCACAGGUUUCAGCUUUACUGAUGACGACAAAGGUUUUGCUCAGAAUCAGGAUGACGUUGGCAGAGAUCUGUACAGUGCUCUGACACAGUUUUUCCAGAUGUUUCCUGAGUAUCAGGCCAAUGACUUCUAUGCAACUGGGGAGUCUUAUGCAGGGAAAUAUGUUCCUGCUGUUUCCUACUACAUCCAUAAAAACAACCCCACUGCCAAAGUUAAGAUCAACUUUAAAGGGAUGGCCAUUGGUGACGGACUUUGUGAUCCAGAAUUGAUGCUGGGAGGUUAUGGUGAGUUCCUGUACCAAACAGGCAUGAUCGACGAACUCCAAAAAGAGUAUGUUAUUCAACAGACAGACAUCGGUGUAAAGCUUAUCCAGCAGCAGAAGUGGGUGGAGGCUUUUCAGGUUUUUGAUAGUUUGUUAAAUGGUGAUGUGGCACCGUAUCCCUCCUUCUUCCAAAACGCUACAGGCUGCACCAACUACUACAACUACAUGACAUGCAAGGAACCUGAGGAUCAGGAGUACUUUGGCCCGUUUGUGACUUUGGCGUCAGUGCGACGGGCCAUCCACGUGGGGAACCUGACAUUCCAUGAUGGCUCGGAGGUGGAGAAACAUCUGCUGCAGGAUGUUAUGAAGAGCAUCAAACCAUGGCUCGGGGUGUUGAUGGAUAACUACAGGGUUUUAAUUUACAGUGGUCAGCUGGACGUAAUUGUAGCGGCUCCGUUGACUGAAAGGUUUCUACCGACCGUGAACUGGACCGGAGCGUCUGAAUACAAAAAAGCCCCUCGCUUCCACUGGAAGGUUCAGCCCAGUGACACUGAGGUGGCAGGUUAUGUGAGACAAGUGGGAGAGUUUUUUCAGGUCAUCAUUCGAGGAGGAGGACACAUUCUGCCCUAUGACCAGCCUGCACGGUCUUUUGACAUGCUUGACAGGUUCCUUUCAACACGGGGCUGGGUAUGAAAAGUUUUUGGUACUGAAAUGCAUUUGUUUGAGCGCCUUCAUUUCACACACCUUAAAGGCAAAGUAUGGAACAUUUUUUACUGUUCUGAGUUGGCACCUUGUCUACAUGCGGCAAAUGAGGAGGAGAGAAUGGUAGUCAAGCAAACAAUGGACUGCAAACAGAGAUAUAGUAGUGACAAAAAGCCAUGAAAUAGAAAAAUAAAAUGAUAGAUUGUGUCACAGCGGCUAUUUUGUAAAAACACAAACACACGUACUUUUGCAAAACUAUACAGUAAUGCUCUAGAGGCAAUAUACAGCAGAAAAAGGAGACCAGAGUACCUUCAUCUUCUCAUUGUUUCGUCCGCACAAGUUUCGCAUUACUAAUAUUAGCUAGAGGUAUACAUGAACACAUUAACAAAGUCUUUUAUUAUUAAAUUAGUGUAUAUUAUGUUUUUUAAUGGAAAUAUUCAGUACUUUGCCUUUAAUGUCGACCACUGACUGUUGUUUCAAAAGAUGUAUGACUGUCACUAACAGUGAGAGUCAGGCUGUUGUUGGUUUUGGUACAGAGCUCUGCAGCUGAUUGUUUUUAUUAAGUAUUUUAGCAGAAGUUUGUUUGGUUUGGAAUACUGGACUGCAAAUGAAAUAAUGAGCUGUCUGAAUGCUGCUGACAACUUUGAUUUUAACAUUUUUAAGCAUUUUUAGAAUUGAAAUUCAGUCUAAUUUGAAAAGUUUUGCAUUUUCUGAAAAUUCAUUUAAAUUUAAUGUUUGUUGGGGAUUGUUUAAGGGAAAAUUGUUUACAUUUCAUGCAAUCAGUGUAUGCGUAAAUAUGAAAUGUCUGAGAACUGGAGAAAUGACUUGAAAUAAAGUGUUUUUCUUAAUAAAAAAGUGUUCUAAUGCCAGAGCA